AUGCGGAAUUUAGCAGUCAUUGCCCGACUUUCUAGGCAGCCGUCCAUAUGCAGGCCGGUGGCACGGAAUACAGUGCUGAGCCUGAGCACAGUAUCAAUUCCUCGAUCCCGCACUCUUGCGCUACGCGAUGUAGCCGCAAUCACUCGCAAUCACAGCACUGCUUCGUCACGUCAGGAUGUAACGAAUAAGGCUCUUACGCGGUUGCAUGAAGAUGACGAGCUUCUCCUCUGUAGCCAGUGCGGCACACAGCACGAUGCGAAGGCAGCUGACGGACUCAACGAAUGCCAUAUUUGCAAUGAUCCUCGGGAGUCUGUCCCCGCCACAGGCCAGGCAUGGACAACGCUCGAUCAGGCUCAAACAAGUGGCAAGUUUAAGAACAUCAUUCGCCAGCAAUACCCAAACGAGCCUCAUAUAUACACUAUCCAAACCCAGUCAAUUCUUGGCAUUGGCCAGCGGUGCUUCUUGAUCAGGACACCGAAGGGCAACAUCCUCUGGGACUGUCUUGCCUAUAUCGAUGAUGCAACAGUGAAGGAGAUCAAUGCGCUAGGCGGCGUAGAUACUAUCUCCAUCUCGCAUCCCCAUUUCUGGACGACUCACCUUACCUGGUCCCGAGCCUUCAACAAUGCACCUGUCUAUCUCUCUGCUGAGGAGUCCCAGCUCGUAUCUCGACCAGACGUGCACGGGGUAAGGCGGUUCGUUAAGGAGAAGGAGUUUGAGCUUCUACCUGGCUCGGGUGCGACGCGUAUCAAGACUGGUGGCCAUUUUCCAGGCAGCUCCGUCUUGCAUUAUAAGAAGAGCAUGUUCGUGUCCGAUAGCUUGCAUGUGACGCGUUCGGCACUCUGGGACAUCGACCGCAAGCCUGGAACGGCAUAUUACGCCUUCCUGUGGUCGCAUGUCAACACAAUUCCUCUUACUCCUGAUGCCAUUGCCGGCAUCAUCUCGGCGAUCAACCCAUACGACUUUGACGUCGCGCAUGGUAUGUUCCCCGACCGUGACCUUCGAAAUGCGAAGCAGCGCGCGUUUGACUCGGCCCGCGUGGUCAUCAAUGCGAUGGGACAUGACGCGGAGCAGUAUCUGAAGAAUGUUAGUUUAGUACCUCGCUAG